GAGUGCGCCAGAUGGCAGCAAAUCUCAACAUCAAACACCGUCAGAUCUCAAAUUAUCCGUAAAAUUGUUUUUCCCUCAAAUGGUGAAGAUAGAUAGAAAAUUUGGAAGAAAUUAAUUGAAUUUCUUCGCUGCAAUAAAUGGAAUACUGGUGUAUAAAAUGUCGAAGUUAAUGAAAGACGUUGUUUUACCGGCAACAAUCCCGAAACUGCUUAUCGAAAAACAUGGAAAUUAUCUCGCUUCGUACGGUAACAACAAAGACGACUACGAGUUCUGUAUGACAGAGUACCUCAGGAUGUCUGGUAUGUUCUGGGGACUCACAGCAAUGGAUUUAAUGGGUCAGUUGGAUCGUAUGGACAAAAGUGCAGUACUUGAUUUUAUAGGAAAAUGCCAGCACGACUGUGGUGGAAUCAGUGCUAGUAUUGAUCAUGAUCCACAUUUACUAUACACCCUAAGUGCUGUACAAAUUCUCUGCAUGUAUGAUGCUCUAGAUGUCGUUAAUGCGGAAAAGAUUGUUGAAUAUGUACAGAAAAGACAGCAGCCUGACGGAAGUUUUACCGGAGAUGUUUGGGGUGAACUUGACAAUAGAUUUUCAUUCUGUGCCGUUGCAACUCUGUCAUUGCUGGGCAGAUUGGACGCGAUAGAUGUUGACAAAGCUGUCGAAUACAUCUUGAGUUGCAUGAAUUUUGAUGGUGGAUUUGGCUCAAAACCAGGCUCAGAGAGUCAUGCUGGUUUAAUAUAUUGCUGUGUUGCGUUUUUGUCGAUAACAGGGCAUCUCCAUGAAGUGGAUGCGGAUCAGCUGGGCUGGUGGCUCUGUGAGAGACAACUUCCUUCUGGUGGUCUCAAUGGUAGACCUGAAAAAUUACCAGAUGUGUGCUAUUCUUGGUGGGUUUUAUCUUCUCUCACAAUUUUGGGCCGUCUUCAUUGGAUAGACAAAAAUGAACUGAUCAAUUUUAUCCUGGCCUGUCAGGAUGUGGAAACUGGGGGAUUCAGUGACCGGCCUGGUGACGUGGUAGAUCCUUUCCACACACUAUUUGGUCUCACUGCAGUUUCGCUUUUAGACGCUGAUUCUUCUCUCAAAUCUGUUAACCCGACUUACUGCAUGCCUCAGUACGUCAUAGAUCGCCUUGGACUCAAGCCAGCGCGGAUGGAUGGAUCGUGAAAAGAGUCACUUUAAGUUCAAAACAACAUAAAUCAACGGAGUUCUACAUUCUCACAUGCACCCAACUGUAAUUCCAAUGCUGUAAAUAUCAAUAAAAACAGAGCUCACGGAAA